ACUUCCUUGGUUCCGGACACAGUCCACGCAGUAACCUGUCUUUGCAGAGAUCGAUAGGCGGACCGGGCGUGGCCGGAACGCGCCGGGACUCAGGGAAAGCUGCCGCCCCUCUUUGCCUUUGAGCGCCGCAGCCCUGAGAAUCGCAUCUGGCUUGGAAACGGUCCCAGGACUGGAGCCACCAAGAAAGCCGAAGGCGGUCGCGAAGGGCCGAGGACGCCCAGAGACUCUGCGGCUUCCGGGAAGCGGAACCGAGCUUAUCCGGAAGGAGCCAACCGUACCAGAGGCUCGCUGAGCACCGGCGGGCGUUAAGCCUAACGGAGUCCACGUCAUGGCGGCAGACGGGACCGGGGUAGUCGGAGGAGGGGCUGGCGGCGGCGUCCCGUCCAAGGACGGUUUGCAGGAUGCUAAGUGCCCAGAACCAAUCCCCAAUCGGCGGCGCGCUUCCUCGCUGUCCCGUGACGCGCAGCGCCGAGCCUAUCAGUGGUGCCGGGAGUACCUGGGCGGGGCCUGGCGCCGAGCGCGGCCGGAGGAGCUGAGCGUUUGCCCCGUGAGCGGAGGCCUCAGCAACCUGCUCUUCCGAUGCUCGCUACCGAACCACGUGCCCAGUGUGGGCGGGGAGCCCCGGGAGGUGCUGCUACGAGUGUACGGGGCCAUCCUGCAGGGUGUAGACUCCUUGGUGUUAGAAAGCGUGAUGUUCGCCAUUCUCGCAGAGAGGUCUCUAGGGCCCCAGCUUUACGGAGUGUUUCCAGAGGGCCGCUUGGAACAGUACCUCCCAAGCCGGCCAUUGAGAACUCAAGAGCUCCGGGACCCAGUGUUGUCGGGAGCCAUCGCAACGAGGAUGGCCCGUUUCCAUGGUAUGGAGAUGCCCUUCACUAAGGAGCCCCGAUGGUUGUUUGGGACCAUGGAGCGGUACCUGAAGCAGAUCCAAGACCUGCCUUCCACCAGCCUUCCUCAGAUGAACCUGGUGGAGAUGUACAGCCUCAAGGAUGAGAUGAACAGCCUCAGGAAGUUACUAGACGCUACCCCGUCACCAGUAGUCUUCUGCCACAAUGACAUCCAGGAAGGAAACAUCUUGUUGCUCUCAGAGCCAGCCAGUGAUGACAACCUCAUGUUGGUUGAUUUUGAGUACAGUAGUUAUAACUACAGGGGCUUUGACAUUGGGAACCAUUUUUGUGAGUGGGUUUAUGAUUAUACUUUUGAAGAAUGGCCUUUCUACAAAGCAAGGCCCACAGACUACCCCACUCGAGAACAGCAGCUCCAUUUUAUUCGCCAUUAUCUGGCAGAGGUUCAGAAAGGUGAGAUCCUCUCUGAAGAGCAACAGAAGAAACGGGAAGAAGAAUUGCUGAUAGAGAUCAGUCGGUAUGCCCUGGCAUCUCAUUUCUUCUGGGGUCUGUGGUCCACCCUGCAGGCUUCCAUGUCCACUAUAGAGUUCGGCUACUUGGAGUACGCCCAGUCUCGGUUCCAGUUCUACUUCCAGCAGAAGGGCCAGCUGACCAGUUUCCCAGCAUCUUGAGGAUCCAACCCCACCUCAGAUUUCUCCUGGAGCCUCCAAGGCAGGACCUUGGAGGGAGGGGCAAAGAGCAGAAGACCCCAGAGACGGGGCUGUGCCUCAAAGUGAAACUGUGGUUGAAACAGCCGACCUCUGUACCCCUUUCUUAGUACUUGCCCAAGGUGGGCAUCUGAGAGCCCCCUCCCCACCGGGGCUGUGUACUUAAAUAAAUGAACUUCACAAAUACAAACUGAGGAAUACAGACUUAA